CACGGUAGUUUACAUUUUUAUGUAUUUGUAUAAAUGAAUGUAAUAAAUGCAUCGUAACUGAUCUCUUUGAAGUGAAAAAUAGGUUAUAUGGGUGAUUCAUGAAAUAUGUACAUAUAUAAUAUCUCAGUGACAAGUAUUUAUUUGGAUAAGAUUUACAAGAUGUCUGAGAAAAUAUAGUUUAAUUGUUUGAUUUCUAAUUCCAAAUACGAUACGUUCGUUCGUGCUCAUCUAGUACUUCAUGGUCAAAUUGCGUUUUUUUGGGAUUACUAGUAUGUACUAUAAAUCAAAUACUUCAGAUCAUUACAAUGAAGUCGCGAUGGAGCCUGUGAUGGAACGGUUGGACAUACAUUCAGAUUUUGAUGCUUUUGAGGAUUACAUGAAAUGGUUCGAAAUCUGGACUGUAACCAAGGAAGAUGUUGAGGAUGCUAAUGUUGUGGCUCAUUUUCCUGCAUUUAUAGGAAAAGAAGCAUACAGCUUAAUAAAUACAUUAACAUUUUCAGGAAAGCCUAUUUCACUUCCUUAUGCAGCUCUCAAGAAACUACUGCUAGACUAUGUAAAGUAUACAAGUUUUGAACGCGUUAAAGGAGGAAAAUUCCAUAAAAUGAUUCAUCAGGGCAUCAAAAAUUCCACUACGUUACUACGUCAUCCCAAUACAAUGCGUACUCAAGGUUAUGCAGAUAAUUCAUUGAGGAGUUGCGAUGAUGGUCGCGAAAAUGGGCACAAGUUUGGUCAAUUUUUGUCCCGCGGCAAGUUUCACCAAUUUUAAUCCAUGUGUAUUUCGUAAUUCUAAAUGCUUUA